AUGGGCUUUGUGUUUGACGAAGCUCACUGUAUCACAUCCUGGGGAGAGUUUUGCAAUGAAUAUAAAGAGCUGGAGUGCUUGCGGUACAUCUUACCUUGCUACGUUCCAUUCAUGAUCAUGUCGGCAACACUCACACCAGAUACCCUACGAGAUGUGCAGAGGUUGCUUCAUAUGCGUUCGGAUAAUCUCUUGAUGGUCCAUAUGUCCACGGAUCGACCAAAUAUCAAAAUCUGUGUCCUGCAAAAUUAG